AUGAUCCCAAUUCGAAGACUCAGUUUUAACGUUCUGAGAAACCCCUCCCUAAACCUCACCACCGCCACUGCCACCGCCGCCGCCGCCGCCGGCGGGGCCAGCCGGUACUCCGCCAAAACCGGCGACGACGAAUGGAACGACGCAUGGGAAACCGCUUGGCUCCCGGACGACUUGUCCGGAAAGAGCAGAGCUCCUUGGGAAGCUGAUGUGAACUUCUCCCUUCCCCGAGACAACCCUACCGAUCCCGCCAAUUCCCAGACUGUUCUUCCCGAUAUGGAUUCUGAGACAAAGGCUUUCGUGGAGGACAUGAAUGAGAACUGGGAUCAAAGGAAGGGGAAAUCGAAAGCUAGCAAUAAAACUGAUGGGGCGUUGAUGAAAGGGGGGAAUGAGGGCGGGGUUUCGUCAUCUUCUGCGAUUUAUAACUUGGAGAGUAUUAAGACGGAUUAUAGAGUGAAGAAGCAGAGAGUUCAUUCUGGGCUAUGGGUUAAGGAAAUUGAGAAAAUGGAGGAGGCAAGGUUGGGGGAUCAAUUUUCCGGCGCCGGCGACGAUAUUGAGAAAUUGCUUGAUAGCUGCUCUGAGAUUUUUGAUUCCCAUAAUGAUGAUUUAAAUAACACAAAAAUCCCGGGAACAGAGUUCAAAAAUAAGCCUGAUGGGUGGGAAUCAACAUCACGAACUCAAGAUGGUAAUAUAUGGGAGAUGUCACAAAGAGAGGAAGAUAUCCUGCUCCAAGAAUUUGAGCGUCGGAUAGCAUUCAAUAAGUUUCAGAUUGCAAGUUUCGUCAAGCAACAUAUAUUUAGCCGGAGAAGACCUAUUGAUGGAUGGAAAUACAUGAUAGAGGUUAUUGGACCGAAUUCAAAGAGAGGGAAGGGCAGUGUGUCAAGAUUGCCUACAGUGUCAGAUGAAGCAACUCAACCGUUCAAAGAGGAGAAAAUACAAUUUACCAGCUCGUCCCGUUCCUACAAGGGGAGAUAG